UGAUCACCCUUGGAGCUAAAGCAAGGUUGGUUAGAUUCUUGGUCACCAUCUUAGCCCAACCCCCCACCUUACUCCCCCGCAUUCCACCUUACUAAGCAAACCAUGGCAUCCUGACCACCCACCAAGCAUCUCUGUGAACAAGCUUACUCUUAUCUUUUGUGUGUUUUGGUUGGUGGAUUUCCAGAGUUCAGCUUUCAUCAUGAAUCCAACCUCUGUUCCAUGAAUCUUCAUCACUGUUUCAGCAGCGGAACUCGUUCCCAGAUGCCGCCGGCUGCAGGUAACAACGACGGAGCUCGGGCGUUGCCUCUCGCGUUGUUGAUGAGGAUGGCCAUGAGGGUAUCUCGAGCUCGAUGGUUCAGCUUCUUGAGAAGGGUGUUCAGGUAUCAGAACGGGUCGAGGUCCGACUUGGUCUCCAACCCCUUCAAUGCCAGGCCAUGGUUGGCCCUGGAGCUCGCUGCUCUGGUAGCGCAGGUUGUCAUCAUCACAGCGACGAUGGCUACGUCUCGGAAGGAGAACCCAGUUUGGCCGCUCAGGAUUUGGCUCACUGGCUACAACCUGGGCAAUCUCCUCAGCCUUCCCCUCCUCUACUGGCGAUACCGCCACUCCACCGCCGGCCUUAACACUGACGUCGAACAACAGAGGAGCAAUGACGACUCCAGCAGCUCUUCUCACCUGAUGAACAAGUCGAGGACGUUCCUGGAGCUGUUCUUCGCGAUGUGGUUCGUGAUGGGAAACGUGUGGAUCUUCGACUCGCGGCAUGGGUCCUUCGACAGAGCUCCGAAGCUGCAUGUGCUCUGCGUCUCCAUCCUCGCCUGGAACGCCAUCCUCUACUCCUUCCCAUUCCUGCUCUUCCUGCUGCUCUGCUGCUGCGUCCCCUUCAUCAGCAAUCUCAUAGGGUACAACAUCAGCUUAGCCUCCACCGAGCGAGGCGCGUCGGAGGACCAGAUCGCGAGGCUACCCCGUUGGCGAUUCAAAGACGUCAAGCCAACAGCGGACGGCGUCGCAACCGAGAACCAAGAGUGUUGCAUAUGUCUCGCCAAGUACAGUGACAAGGAGGAGGUGAGGCAGCUGCCAUGCUUGCAUGUGUUCCAUCUCAACUGCGUGGAUCAGUGGUUAAGGAUCAUGUCUGCUUGUCCUCUAUGCAAGCAGGGGCUUGAGAACUGAUGCAGCCGCCAAUCCAGUAAUGAAGUACACGGAAUCAAAUCCAUUGCCGAAGGCGUCCAGUUCUCAGGAAAACACUUUUUCUUUUUCCUUUUUGUUUUAAGAUACAGAAACAUGUGAGUAUUAAGGGUGCCUGAAAUGAUUCGAGAUGUGUACUACAUUCAUAACAC